ACACUACAACUCCCGUCAUGCAACGCAGCUAUCGCGGGGGAAGUGUCGGCAACAGAGUGUGCGGCUCUGCUGGGCGGGUUCCCCUCUCCGACUUGUCAUUCCUUCUCCUCCGUUUCUCAGACUACAACUCCCGAUUUCAAAGGACUAACGCGCUUUACCGGAUAUCCGGUGGGAAGGAAGAGGAAGGGGGGUUUCAAGCCUCUGCCUUGAGCUCUGCUUGGAAAGAGGAUUUAGGGGAGGGGUCGCCAUGAUUCGCUUUAUUCUGAUCCAGAACCGAGCCGGUAAAACGCGCCUGGCCAAGUGGUACAUGCAGUUUGAUGAUGACGAGAAGCAGAAACUCAUUGAAGAGGUUCAUGCCGUUGUCACUGUGCGGGAUGCAAAGCACACCAACUUUGUCGAGUUCCGCAACUUCAAAAUUAUCUACAGGCGCUAUGCGGGCCUUUAUUUCUGCAUCUGCGUGGAUGUGAAUGACAACAACCUGGCCUACCUAGAAGCCAUUCACAACUUUGUGGAGGUAUUAAAUGAAUAUUUCCACAACGUCUGUGAGCUUGACCUCGUGUUCAACUUCUACAAGGUUUACACCGUGGUGGACGAGAUGUUCCUUGCUGGUGAGAUCCGAGAGACCAGCCAGACGAAGGUCUUGAAGCAGCUCCUCAUGUUGCAGUCCUUGGAAUGAGGCAUGGAGAGAGAAAGAAGCAGAUUGCAUCGGAUCUCUUCUUGCAAGAUCCUGAUGCCACCCCUCAAAGGCUCAUCUCUCUUCACCCAGUCCCCUGAAUCAGUGACUUGCUCAGAGCAAAUUUUUGCCACUUAACCCUUAGCUGGAGGCUGGCAGAUGGAAGCAUUUUGAGUUAGCACCAGUUUGGAUUUCUAGUGGUGCUUCUUCCUGCACAGAACAAAGGCAAAGGGGUGGAGAGUUCCCAAGUUGUUGCUGGAUUGCUUUUCUGAAAAAGAGUGGGAGGGGGGAAUUGGAAAUGGAGAGAGUUCCCAUCAUCCCCUGCCUUUCUGCUGCCAUCCCAACACACCCGUGUCACCGGCCUGCUGUCCCCUCCCCAUCUAUUCACUUAAAAAUGUGUUGUGCUGCAGUAGAAGAGGGACCAUAACUGUGCGUGUGUGUGUGAGAUGAGUGUUAGUACUGCCAGUAAAGUGAUGUACUGAUUAAAUAAAUCAUCCAUGGAAUACCUAAAACAAAAAA